CGGUAUUUCAGGGCGGGGCCGGCACGGAGCGGAGCUGCGGGUAGGGCCGGGCCGGGCGGCGGGGAGGAGGAGAAGGCGAAGGAUGGCGGGGGCCACCACCAUCGAGGCGGUGAAGCGCAAGAUCCAGGUGCUGCAGCAGCAGGCGGACGACGCCGAGGAGCGGGCCGACCGGCUGCAGCGGGAGGUGGAGGCCGAGCGCCGCAACCGCGAGCAGGCUGAGGCAGAAGUGGCAUCUUUGAAUCGCCGUAUCCAGCUGGUGGAGGAAGAGUUAGACCGAGCCCAGGAGCGCCUUGCCACAGCUCUGCAGAAGCUGGAGGAGGCAGAGAAGGCUGCAGAUGAAAGUGAAAGAGGCAUGAAAGUCAUUGAAAACAGAGCCCUGAAGGAUGAGGAGAAGAUGGAACUGCAGGAGAUCCAGCUCAAGGAAGCCAAGCACAUUGCGGAGGAGGCAGACAGGAAGUAUGAGGAGGUUGCUCGGAAACUGGUGAUCAUAGAAGGGGAUCUGGAGCGCACUGAAGAGAGAGCUGAGCUUGCAGAGUCUCGUUGCCGGGAGCUGCAGGAGCAGAUCAGAGUGAUGGAGCAGAACUUGAAGUGUCUGUCUGUUGCCGAAGAAAAGUACUCCCAAAAAGAGGAUAAAUACGAAGAAGAGAUCAAGAUCUUGACUGAUAAACUCAAAGAGGCGGAGACCCGUGCUGAAUUUGCUGAACGGUCUGUAGCCAAGCUGGAGAAGACAAUUGAUGAUUUGGAAGAUGAGCUCUAUGCCCAGAAACUGAAGUACAAAGCAAUUAGUGAGGAACUGGACCACGCCCUGAAUGACAUGACUUCCAUUGCCCGAAGAGCCCUUCAUGAGCAGAAUUUUGAUGAAAUGAGACACCUCCCGUGGUUUCCUCAGCCUGUCUGUCCGGUGUCCCAGCGUGUGGACGUCUUCAGUGAUAUGGGUGGGCUCACCUUUGGAGUAAAGCCUACCUAGAGCGCUAGUUGCUGGUCUGAGCUCUCCUCCUGGCUUAAGGAACAUAUAAACUGAAAUCCACCAAAGAGGAGCAUCUCUGCACGCAAAGAAUGCUGGACCAGACCCUGCUAGACCUGAACGAGAUGUAAAGGAUCCCUGCCACCACCUCCGCCACACGACGCCUGGGGGGGCCGGCCCAGCCGCCGCUGGCCUCUAACCCUGGGCGACCAGAGUUUACUUUCUGUUGCCAACUUGACCAAACACAAAUCUUCCUUUGCCUCAGGGUUAAAGGCCAUCAGGUUGGGCAGAGCUUCAAACAGCAUUAUUAAGGGAAAUGAACAAUGCAAUAAUGUUUGGGGAGCAUGUUCGAGAUGUAUACAUUUUGUAACUACCUUUUUUUUGUAGCAACCAUUGUGAACAUUCCAAAUAACUCUGAGGCUGGUGAGCUACACUUCAAAGCUCUUGGCUUUAAAAUUUGGUAUUAACCUUCUCUUAAUCAGCUCUGGGCCACCCUGCUUUGGCAGGGGAGGAAGGAGGGUGUGACGGUUCCUGGCUGUGGGCCACUGAAUCAGAGUAGCCAGGCUAGGGAUGGAAGCCUGUGGGGUAAACUUCCUUUCCAGGAGCUGCUUGCCAAAAGUGCAGUUCAGUUUCUCAGCUUUAAGGUAACUCUCUGUGUUGUGGAGAAGCAACUUGGGCAAAAGGAGACUUUUUUUUCUUUUUUUUUUUUUAAAGCCAAGCCUGUUAUCUGAACCAUUGAUCCUUCACAGGGCUUGUUUCCCUUCCCUCCCUCCCACCGUUGGCCGCUUCCUUUUCUGAUAGGCUUCGAGAAGCCUCGGCCCCUCUAACCCAUUGCUACACAGGCGUUGAAUUUGCCUUCACUAAGUGCUGACGCACCAAGCUUUAUCGCUCAUUGCUGGGUUACACUUAACAGCUUAAGUACAACAGCCUUGUUUUCUUGGGGAAGUUGUUUUGUUGUGUUUUUUUUUUUUUUUUUUCCCUACCCUGAGGGAGGGAGCUGAGGCCUUCCCUCCUGGCCAGGAGUGCUCUUAGUGUCUUAAUGAGGUACAAGCCAUCCUGCUGUGCAUUGCUGACGUGUAGUUGUUGUGAGGCGUGAGUGUGGAGACGUGUCAGGCUCGUGGCGUGUAGCUUGUGCUCGAGCAUGCUGCUUGGUUGUAGCAGUUUUAGGGGCCAAUCUGGAGAAAAGAAACCUUAUCAAGUGUUUUGAUACUAAAUUGAAAAAAAUUGUCUUACUGUCUUUUGAAAUAAAAACCAAUCCCUCCACGCUG